AUGUAUAGAAGGCCAGCAACAAUAGAGACGGGAACCCACGAGUUUGGCUUCGAAUUCAUCCUGCCUGUUGAGGCGCCCUCAUCUUUCGAGAGCCCUCACAGCUACGUUAGGUACAAAGUCAAAGCCCUCGCCAAGCUGCCCUCGGCAUCUGACAAGAAAGCUGAAACUUAUUUCUCCUUCUGCCAGCCCUACGACCUAAACCGCGACCGUGCUGCCCGGGAAUAUUUCGCUCUGCGUAAGGAGCUGAGUUGGGGCCUCAGGCCCCUGAAGCACGGGCCUGUCACGCUGGAUCUGCAGAGCGCCAGCAAAGCGAGCGUCUGUGGGGCGCUGCUGCAGAUCCAGGCCAGCGUCCGCAACGCCGGCCACUCCGACGUCACCGUUAAGGUGGCGAUGAAGCAGAGGCUCGAGUACAUUACCAGUCAUAGAACGAAGUACCAAACGCGCUUGGUAUGGCAAGCAGAUGAUUUCACUUGCCCUCGAGACUCCAGUGACGCUCGUGACUUCGAGUUUGUGAUCCCUUCGUUGGUGCCACACUUACUGACCUGCAAUAUCAUCAGGAUGCGUUAUGUGCUGCAGCUGAAAAGCACCAGCAAGUUGUGCAAGUCAUUAAGAGCGGAGGCUCCAUUCUACCUCGGCACGGUGCCUCUCAUCUCCGAAGAAGAGCUGGCCAGAACUUGGCUGCCAAACACCGAAGGACAGCCAUAUGAGUCUUAUAAUUACCCAGAGAAAUUUGGUUCAGAACAACAAAAGACCGACUCAGAAAAAUGCCCUGGGAAACUCGGUUCAGCAGUACAGCAGGGUGACUCAGAAAAAUACCCUGGGUCACUCGUUUCACAAUCACAGCAUUUUAAAUCAAGCGAAUACCCUGCGAAACUCGGUUCCGAAGAUCAGCGGAACGAUUCAGGCAAAUACCUUGAAGCACUCGGUUCAGAAGAACAGCGGAAUGACUCAGGCAAAUACCUUGAAGCACUCGGUUCAGAAGUAAAGCAGAACGAUCCAGGCAAAUAUCCUGGGGCACUCGGUUCAGAAGAACAGCAGGACGACUCAGGCGAAUACCCAAAGCUACUCUGUGCAGAGGUGCAGAGUGUCUUUGGCAUCCCAGCUAUCGUAGCAGUGGACACUUGCUUCUUCAGUUCUCUGCACAAAACUUUACAACGGCACCGACUUGACACAAAAUGCCCACCCCCAAACUUUAUCGUUCUACCUAAAUAAUAGUGGCGCAAUUGAAACGAAAUAUUUGAAACUUUAUAUGCAGGUAUUUUUUAGUAUGUUGUUGGAGUUCCACGGAAUUGCCAACUCGCUUACAUAAUUAAAACACUUUAGUGCACACCAACACCAAUAACAUACUUUAUGCGAAUAAACUCCAUGGAACGUUAAACCGUAGGUUGUUUCUUUCUGAUCCGUGCUACGAGAUUGAAAUUAACUCCUGAGGUUUGAGCCUAAAUCUUGACGUUUGAGAUUCAGUCUUGGCAUUUGAGGCGUUCCUAAUGAAAGGGAAUAAGAUAAAUAAAUAACAAUCACCUAGACAUUAGAUAUAUUCUACAUUCAUAUCACAUAAUAUAAGUAUUAAAAAACUAUUCCUUAACUAUUAUUUACAAAUUCGCAUUAGAUCCCUGCGGCCUGCACAACACAUACCUGCGGUCCGGCUUUCCAUGCAACAAUAAUCAUGGAACCUUAGCAUUCCGCACAUUUCUGCCGGUAAAGUCUAAACUAAAACGGCAAACAAAAUUUCGAAUAAUGAACAAGUUCUAAAAUGAGCGUUACCGACUCUUAAUGCUAAAUUAAUAAUAUUUGGAGAUUUCAGUCCCUUGCAAUGUAUUUUCAAUUCUCCAGUGUGUCAAAAUCGGUGUUCAAUGUUGAUCGAAAUACAUCAAUGUCUUUCAGCGGAAUUUAUCAACAUGUUUCGGAAAUAUGUUCGUAUUUAAUUCUUUUAUUAUCGAUUAAUUCUUUAUAUAAUUAUCGAUUUAAUUCUUUACAUACUUUGCUGUUCUGUCAUACUAUACGUCAAUUUGGCUCUAGAAUAUGCUUGAUGAACAUUUUAAAUUUUUAGAAAAAUCAGUUUUAAAGGAAUUUUUUGUAAACGUUUUCGCGCAUAAUUAAGAAUAUACCAAAAAUCACAAAAUGGUAGCUUCAAAAGUUGACAACCUCCCAUUUUAAUCAUGUAUGUGCAAAUGUUAUUAGAAUAAUUGAUAUAUGUUCGCUUUUCUGCCAAAGAGAUGAAAGGGAAUAAAAAAUGGUCAUGUAUUAUUUAGCAGAAACUGAAAAUCGUUGAUUUUAAAAGAAUGAAAAAAUAUUUUGUAACAAAACUUAAUGUAAACCG